CUACUUGCUUCCGGAUGUUAUGCUACGAUGCAGGUUCGUCACCAUGCGUUAUUUUCGCUCUGGGCAUUCUCUGCAAGGUACGAGGCUAGAUCAGCCAGUACGAGAAGCCGACGCGUACGUGGUUCCUUUGUUUGCCGGUUCUCCGGUUGAGCACAUAGCCAACGCCCGCAGUGGGCCGCGGAAAUGCAUCCUUCAUUGGCUGCCAUGCCUUCUACAAGGCCUUUUCACUGCCAGAAACAAGCUUUUUACCAAGCAAAUGACAAGCUUUUCGGACUGGGUUCUGCCUGGGCUGCAUGUUCGAUUUUUGCUGCAUUGCCGGUGUGUCUGUGAGCGACAACGGACGUAAUGUGUCGUCAUGCGCAUGAACGCUGUCUACGUGUACCGUCAAACACUCGUAUAAAAUGGAAUACUCUGCUUGAUACAUGCAAACCUUGCACCAAUUCCAACUUGUACUAACAUAACCACCUUUUUCGAACAUCCAUCACCAUGGCCGGACUCGCUAGACACGUCGAUACCGAUGAGCUCCUCGAGACUCUGAAGGACCACCCCAUGCACAAGGCUGGAGGCCACAAAGCUUCGAGUCGAGCGACAUCACACAUCACACCUUACUCAAGUCGCUAUGCCGCUGGCACGGAGCUGUCGAAAUUCAAAAUUCCCCAGGAUGGAGCUCCGGCGGACGUUGUCCAUCAGUUGCUCAAGGAUGAGCUUGAUCUGGACGGACGCCCAAGCUUGAACUUGGCGUCUUUCGUCGGAACAUACAUGGAGAAGGAAGCCGAGCAGCUCAUGAUCGAGAACUUGUCGAAGAACAUGUCGGACGCCGACGAGUACCCCGCAAUGAUGGAUAUGCACGCACGGUGUGUUUCCAUCAUUGCUAACAUGUGGGGAGCACAGAAGGGCGAGAAGGCCAUCGGAUCAGCGACUACUGGUUCGAGUGAGGCUAUUCAUUUGGGUGGACUCGCAAUGAAGCGUCGUUGGCAAGAGAAGAGGAGGGCAGAGGGCAAGGAUACUUCGAACCCCAAUAUCAUCAUGGGCGCAAACGCACAAGUCGCGCUGGAGAAGUUUGCAAGGUACUUUGAGGUCGAGUCACGUAUCUUGCCCGUAAGCGAAGAGUCUUCCUACCGUCUGGAUCCAAAGCUGGUGAAAGACAACAUUGACGAGAACACUAUCGGUGUGUUUGUCAUCCUCGGUUCCACAUACACCGGACAUUACGAGCCUGUUGAAGAGAUCUCCGAUAUCCUAGACGCUUUCGAGAAGGAGACUGGUAACGACAUUCCUAUCCACGUGGACGCAGCAUCCGGAGGCUUCAUCGCCCCCUUCACCCACGCAAAGGCUGGCAAGAAGUGGAACUUCGAACUACCGCGAGUCAAGUCCAUCAACACCAGUGGACACAAGUUUGGUCUUGUCUAUGCCGGUGUUGGCUGGAUCAUUUGGCGAGACGAGAGCUACCUUCCCAAGCACUUGAUCUUCGAGCUCCACUACUUGGGUGGAACAGAGGAGUCAUACACUCUGAACUUCUCCCGUCCAGGAGCUCAGAUUAUCGCGCAAUACUACAACUUGAUCCAUCUGGGAUUCUCUGGAUACCGCGCCAUCAUGGAAAACAUGUUGGCCAACGCACGGCUGCUCAGCAGGGCGCUGGAGCACACUGGCUGGUACCGUUGCGUCAGCGACAUUCACCGCAAGAAGGGCGACUUCAAGUACGAAAAGGGCAAGAAGCAAUUCGACUCCGGCGACACAAGCGCAGACUACAACGCGGGUCUCCCCGUCGUAGCCUUCACCCUCACCGACGAAUUCCACAAAGACUUCCCGCACGUCAAGCAAGAAGCCGUCAGCAACCUACUCCGCGCCAAGCAAUACAUCAUCCCCAACUACCCCCUCCCGCCCGGUGAAGAGAAAACCGAGAUCCUCAGAGUGGUCGUCAGAGAGAGUCUGUCCCUCGAUAUGAUUGAUAGACUCGUCACUGACAUCUGUGGCGUCACCGAGAUGCUGAUGAAGACGGAUGCGGUCGACCUUGCAGCGUUCCAGCCUGGCACUAGCCCCAGCAUCGAGAAGCAGCAUGCUAACAAGGGAUUGAGGAAGGAGCAUAAGCACAAGGCGCAGAGGCCAAGCUCGGAUGGCGUGUAUCGGACUGUUUGUUAGAUGGAUCUCGCGAUCGGAGAUGUGGCAGACGCGGGCUUUGCGGAUGGCGUGGCGGAGAGAUGGGACGAUGAUCAGGCCAUGAUGGAAGGGAGGCUAGUAAGGCGUUCGUGGCUGUUGGAGGGGAUGGGUUGAGUGUCUGCGGUGGAGUAAUGAAUACGUAUUGAUGAGACUAUCAAACACGAUUACCCAUAUUUGAUGUAAUGAGCAUCUUCUCGUCACUCUGAUGUCGUUUGCUUGAGCAUUGUCUUCUCU